AUGUCCCCCAAAGUCGCCAUCAUCUUCGGCUACGGCCCCAACGUCGGCACCGCCAUCGCCAACACCCUCACCCAAAAAGGCUACACCAUCGCCACCGUCUCCCGCACAACCAAAAACCACGACACCACAAAGCCCUACCUCUCCAUCCAAGCAGACCUCUCAGACCCAACUUCCAUCCAGCCCAUCUUCUCCAAGGUCAUACACCAACUAGGCCCUCCCAGCGUGGUCAUCUACAACGGUAAAUCUCCUAUCUUCCUCCUCAACAACACUAACAACUGCAGCAUCCGCCAACACAACCACCCAAUCCCAAACGCUGCAAGACCAAAUCUCAUCCUUCCAGUCCGACAACAACGUAAACAUCAUAUCGGCCCAUAUCGCCGCCCACCUCGCCAUACAGUCCUUCGCGGCCCUCCCCGUCACGGCGUUGGAAAGGCAGGCGCCGCGCAUUUGAUGCAUUAUCUGGCGGAGCAGUAUAAGCACAAGGGGUACAGGUACGUUGAUUGGGGGGGUUUGUUGGGCGGGUGCUGA